AUGGCUAAUGGACAGGACCGGGUAGUUGCUCUAGUGGACAUGGAUUGUUUUUUUGUUCAAGUGGAGCAGCGGCAGAAUCCUCACUUGAGGGAUAAACCUUGUGCAGUUGUGCAGUACAAAUCAUGGAAGGGUGGUGGGAUAAUUGCAGUGAGUUAUGAAGCUCGUGCAUUUGGAGUCACCAGAAACAUGUGGGCCGAUGAUGCUAAGAAGUUAUGCCCAGAUCUUCUACUGGCACAAGUUCGUGAGUCCCGUGGGAAAGCUAACCUCACCAAGUACCGGGAAGCCAGUGUGGAAGUGAUGGGGGUAAUGUCUCGUUUUGCUGUGAUUGAACGUGCCAGCAUUGAUGAAGCUUAUGUAGACCUGACCAGUGCUGUACGAGAGAGACUGCAAAAGCUACAAGGUCAGCCUAUCUCAGCAGAUUUGUUGCCAACGACCUACAUUGAAGGGUUUCCCCAAAGCUCGACAGCAGCAGAAGGGACAGUUCAGAAAGAGGAGAUGCGAAAACAAGGCUUAUCGCAAUGGCUUGAUUCCCUUCAGUUUGAUAACACCACCUCUCCAGACCUACAGCUCACCGUGGGAGCAGUGAUUGUGGAGGAAAUGAGAGCAGCCAUCGAGAGGCAGACUGGCUUUCAGUGUUCAGCUGGAAUCUCACACAAUAAGGUCCUGGCAAAACUGGCCUGUGGGCUACACAAGCCCAACCGCCAGACCCUGGUCUCACAUGGCUCAGUCCCGCAACUCUUCAGCCACAUGCCGAUUAACAAAAUUCGAAGUCUUGGAGGGAAACUCGGGGCCUCUGUCAUUGAAAUCCUGGGGAUAGAAUACAUGGGUGAACUGACCCAGUUCACUGAAUCCCAACUCCAGAGUCAUUUUGGAGAGAAGAAUGGAUCUUGGCUAUAUGCCAUGUGCCGUGGGAUCGAACAUGACCCGGUUAAACCCAGGCAACUACCCAAAACCAUUGGCUGCAGCAAGAACUUCCCAGGAAAGACAGCUCUGGCUACUCGGGAACAGGUACAAUGGUGGCUUUUGCAAUUAGCCCAGGAACUAGAGGAGAGACUAACUAAGGACCGAAAUGAUAAUGACAGGGUUGCCACCCAGUUGGUUGUGAGCAUUCGUGUACAAGGAGACAAACGUCUCAGCAGUCUGCGCCGCUGCUGUGCCCUUACCCGCUACGAUGCUCGCAAGAUGAGCCAUGAUGCAUUUGCAGUCAUCAGGAACUGUAAUACUUCAGGAACCCAAACCGAAUGGUACCCUCCCCUCACAAUGCUUUUCCUUUGUGCUACCAAAUUCUCCACCUCUGCCCCUUCAUCUUGCACAGACAUCACCACCUUCUUGAGUAACGACUCAAGUCCUCUGCCAAAGGUACCAAUUACCAGUCCAGAAAGUAAGACCCAGGGAAGUGGCCCUUCGGUGACAGCCACUAAGAAAGCAACCAAUCCUUUGGAAUCUCUUUUCCAAAAAGCUGCAGAAAAGCAGAAACUCAAAGAAGCUUCACUUUCGUCUCUCCCUGCCACUACCCAGGCCCCUAAGAGCAAUUCACCACUCAAGCCCUCAUUACCUUUCCAGACCAGCCGGACUACAGGAAUCGAGCCCUUCUUUAAGCAGAAAAGUCUGCUUCUGAAGCAGAAACAGCUGAAUAAUCCUUCCAUUUCCUUCCCUCCACAAAAUCCACAACCUAGUCCUAAAAAAUUAACAGACGUUCCAACAGAAUAUCCAGAUCCUGGCCCUGUCUGUGAAGAGGUUUCGAAGCUAGAAUUGUGUAAAGCAACUCCUGCGGAGAUGGAUUUGGCCCAGAACAGCCCCAGUACGCUUGCUUCUUUAACUCCCCAGUCUGCUCUGGAGGUGGCUCAGAAGACAACCACUAUCCCCAGUCUUCUGGCUACUGAAGAUCAAGUGUCCUGUGAGAAGUGUGGUUCUCUGGUACCUGCAUGGGAGAUGCCGGAACAUAUGGACUAUCAUUUUGCACUGGAGUUGCAGAAAUCUUUCUUGCAGCCUCACUCCUCAAACCCCCAGGUUGUUCCUGCCAGUUCUCCUCAAGGCAAAAGAAAUCCCAAGAGCCCUUUGGCCUCCAGUAAUAAACGCCCUAAGCCUGAGGGCAUGCAGACAUUGGAAUCAUUUUUUAAGCCAUUAACACACUAG